AUGGCGAGGGACGGCCCAGGGGCCAGGGGAGCAUCUCCCCGGGACGGGCUCUGCCCGAAAACGCCGGCCCCGUCAUCCCCGUCCGCGCCCCCGCAGCCCGGAGCGGCAUCUCCGGGCGCCCGAAAGGCCGGGGGAGACGGGCCGGGGGCUCGGGGUCACAGCGGGGAGAGGGAAGGUGUCACAAGUAUUGCUCAGGUGUCACUUGUGUGGUUCAGCAACCGGCGGGCGCGCUGGCGCAAGCAGGCGGGAGCCAACCAGCUGGCGGCCUUCAACCACCUGCUGCCGGGGGGAUUCCCACCCACGGGAAUGCCGGCGCUGCCCCCGUACCAGCUGCCCGACUCGUCCUACCCCACCACCACCAUCUCCCAAGAUGGCGGCAGCACCGUGCACCGGCCGCAGCCGCUGCCGCCCUCCACCAUGCACCAGGGCGGCCUGGCCGCCGCCGCCGCCGACUCCGGCUCUGCCUACGGCGCCCGGCACGGCUUCUCCAGCUACUCCGAGAGCUUCAUGAACGCCACGGCCCCCGCCAACCACAUGAACCCCGUCAGCAACGGCCUCUCCCCGCAGGUGAUGAGCAUCCUGAGCAACCCCAGCGGGGUCCCGCCGCAGCCCCAGGCCGAUUUCUCCAUCUCUCCCCUCCACGGCGGCCUGGACAGCACCAACUCCAUCUCGGCCAGCUGCAGCCAGCGCAGCGACUCCAUCAAAUCCGUGGAGAGCCUCCCGACCUCGCAGUCCUACUGUCCCCCCACCUACAGCACCACCAGCUACAGCGUGGACCCCGUGGCCGGCUACCAGUACGGCCAGUACGGCCAGAGCGCCGUGGAUUACCUGGCCAAGAACGUGAGCCUGUCCACGCAGCGCCGCAUGAAGCUGGGCGAGCACUCGGCCGUGCUGGGGCUGCUGCCGGUGGAGACGGGCCAGGCCUACUGAGAGCCCCGGAGACACCUCUGGAGAUCCCCAGCGGCUUCCCGGGAUCCUUCCUGACCCGUUCCACCCCAGCUGCCGAGGAGACGGGGAAGAUUCUCCCAGGAUCCGGCUCCUCCAGAGCGCUCCAGAGGCGAGUCCGGCCCCUGGGGCCCGGCUCCUCCUGUGGCCAGAGACAACGGGGUUGGGCGCAUUUAUCAACCCCGGUCCCAGCCCUCCCUCCAAACCCCCUGGCCACGGCGUUCCCCCACAUUCCAGGACUUUCCAUUCCCUAGGUAGCUGGCACAG